AUGGACAUAACGGAUAGCUAUUACAGUAAAAGUACGAAGUUACAAGAUCGAGAGCAAACCAAAGCUUUGAAAACUGCUGGAGCACUAGAAAGAUUUCACAAGAUACGACUAUUAUACGGCUCGAAUGUCCUUCAAAACCCGGUCGAUGUGGAGGUUAAUGUUACUCCUAUUGAUGAGGUAGGUUAUGGUAGAGAUUUUACGAUACUACAGCAGAUAUAGAAUGAGUUUUACGGUAUUAUAGGAUAAGUAACAUAAAUUACAAGGAAAAUAUUACAAUAUACAUAGGAUAUUUGUAUAAAACAAAUGAUGAAACAAAAGAUAAAUUGUGACAAAUAGAAGAAAUUGCAGUUUAUAUCGUUGUAGGUGAUUAUUGGCGACAAUGUGAUAGUAGAAAUUGGAUUUAAAAAUAACACCCAAGUGUUUCGCACAGUAAAAGUGUCUGUCAGAGUUCAUAACCGACAUAAAAAUGGCAAAAUUGGUGUCCAAGUUAACAGCUACAAAGAGGUUUAUGAACUGGAUUCGGGAGAAGGUUAGUAGCUACUGAAUAGUACUAUCGUAUAUAGCUUCUUAAGUCCUUCUCUUGCUGUUUCUUAUAACGGUAGUUUACGGUAUAUCUUCAUAAACUGAAGAUGUAACUAACUUGAAACCACAUUUUAAGAGGAAUCCCUCCGACUUCUGACCCCAGUAGCCGAAUACAUUCGAGCUUCAAAUAACGAUAGCCAUGAUUAUGUAGCUGUUAUAUCGGGAAUGGUCGAAGAAACUGGUCAAAUCAUUUUUCAUGAAGAAGAUUUUCAUCUAACAACAUCAGUUAUUGGCAUUGUAGCACCAGCGAUAGCUACAUACGGUGAUAAUGUUGUGGCAUUGAUUGCUAUCGUGAAUCCAUUGCCAGAACCUCUAAAACAAUGUCGACUUGAACUGGUCGCUGGUCAUGAUGCUGACAAGAAGAUUGUGGUUGAGAGAAUGCCAAGGUACAAUACUUACUAUAGAUAUAUAGACAGAAAUCUAAGGUACAAAACGACAAUUAUUUAAAGCCAUAGGUGAGGACUAUAAAAUUUUGAAGUCCAAGGUAUUAAAACCUACGUUUUAGUGAAAUCGCUGCAGGGCAAAGAGUAAAGUUGCCAAUUCGAGUCAGACUGUCUGGAAUGUGUCUUCGGGUUCUUGUUGCCAAGCUAUAUUGUCAACCACUUGGCUAUGCCACGGCUGUACAUGUUUUGGAGGUUAAAGAUGAAUAA